AUGUCAAACCCCGAGUGCGUGAAGGUGGCGGUCCGCAUCCGCCCGAUGACUUCGUCGGAGGCGAUACGCGGAUGCCAGAGCGUGGUGGAGAUUUCACCCCCCGACCAGCCACAGGUCGUCAUUUGCGGUGGAAACAAACCCUCAGAUAUUUUCACCUACAAUUUCGCGUUUGCUCCGGAUGCGUCCCAGGAGGACCUGUACGAGAGUGUCGUGUCGCAAUUGCUUUCUAAACUGUUCGAAGGUUUCAAUGUGACGAUCCUCGCCUACGGUCAAACGGGAUCGGGAAAAACCUACACAAUGGGGACGGACUUCGGCGGAGACAUGGGAGACCGGACAGGCGUAAUCCCUCGCGCCAUAGUGGAUAUUUUUGAAAAAGUGGAAGAAACACAGAAGCACUCUGUUAGGACAUCUUGCUCGUUUGUGGAGCUGUACCAGGAGAAUGUGUACGAUCUGCUGUCGGUAAAGGAUGGCCCAGAAAGACAGACCCUUGAUAUCCGCGAGGGUCCCGGGGGUGUCGUUCUACUGCAGGGACUGACUGAAAUCAGCGUGACCUCCGUGAGCGAAACAUUCGAUUGCCUCGUCCGGGGUGCGGCCGGUCGGAUUGUGCGCGCAACGGCAAUGAAUGCCGUUUCGAGUCGGAGCCACUCGAUCUUCACCAUCACACUACAGCAACCAUCGGCCGACGAUCCCAAGUCGCUCCUCACGUCCAAGUUCCAGUUGGUCGAUUUGGCAGGUUCGGAGCGUUCGAAAAAAACCAAAACAACGGGCGACGGUUUUCGGGAAGGCGUCAAAAUAAACCAGGGACUACUUGCCCUUGGCAACGUCAUCUCGGCCCUCGGCACAUCGGUGCCGGCCGGGUCAAACAGCCACGUACCAUACCGGGACUCGAAGCUAACACGCCUGCUGCAGGACUCUCUUGGAGGCAAUUCGUACACGCUGAUGAUUGCGUGCGUGUCGCCAGCGGAUUACAAUCUGAACGAAACGAUUAGCACGCUUCGGUACGCGGACCGGGUGCGCAAGAUUAAGAACAAACCGAUCGUCAACCAGGACCCGCAGCUAGCCAAAAUCAAGCAGCUGGAAGGAAUAAUCCAGGAUUUGCGGGUUGAAAUCCUCUCACUGAAAGGCGGCGAAGUAGGUGCGGAGUUUCGGGCACCCAAAGCACCACCGGCGGUGCGGCCAUCGAAUGUUACCGGUGUGCCACCGAAGCGAUCCAUCCAACGGUCAUCAUCCUCAGGAAACCUGUUUUCUGUUGCUGGCGGUGGAGCCGAUGUGGCAGCAGUAAAAAACGGGAACCGAAAAUCGGCAACCCAGGAGCUGCAGGAUAAAAACCGUUUGCUGCAGGCACAGCUGCAGGCUAUGGCCCAGGAUUUGGCCACCAACGAGAUACGGGCGCUGGCGGCAGAGAAAACGCUGGACAUGCUUGACGAAAAGAUCGAUGAUGAAGAAGGCAUUCGGCAGCAUAUCGGAUCGGUGUUGAGCUCUUACCGGGACGAGAUGAUUGCCCUCGGCGUGAUAUCGGCCACGGAAGGCGAUACACGAAGCAGAGCGCCAUCGGUGAUCGGUACGGCUUCGCACGAGACCUCCGCCCUGCCUCUCACCGAAGAUGGCCAUAAGCGUUCGGAAAGUCACACGACACAGCAGAUCAACUUCCACAACCAAUUGCGACAACUAAACAUGGAGCUGGCGCUGAAGGAAGAGCUGCACCGGCGCUGCAUGGGUAACAGCGCUGCGGUUUCUAACGCGGGCGGCCAACCACUAACCGAGGUGCUGGCCGAUUACCAGCAAACCAUCGCCGACCUGGAGCAACAGCUGGCGGAACUGAAUGGGCAGCUCGAGAACACUAAGGCAAGCGAGAAGAAGUCGAAGCUGUCCGAGGAGCGUCGCAAAAAAGUGCAGCAACUCGAGGCCGAACUGACCGAGCUGCGCAACAAGAGUGUCCGGCAGGCGAAGCUGCUAAAGCUGAAGGAAAAGGACGCGCAGCGAAUCGAAUCGCUGAGCAGCGAAAUCCAAACGAUGAAGGGGACGCGCGUGAAGCUGCUAAAGUCGAUGCGGGCCGAGAGCGAAAACUUCCGCAAGUGGCGCAUGACGCACGAAAAAGAAAUCUGCCAGCUGAAGGCGAAGGAUCGCAAGCGCCAGAACGAGCUGCAAUCGAUGGAGACGAUGCAUGAGAAGCAGCAAAAAAUCAUGAAGCGCAAGCUGGAUGAAACCGUGGCGGUCAACAAGCGGCUGAAGGCAGCGCUCGAUCGUCGGAAGCAGCGGAACAAUAGCAAGCUUGGUGGCGAUCGGACGAUAUUGCGCGGCCCGGAAGCAACACGAUGGAUCGAGCAGGAGCUGGAGCUGCUGCACAGUAUGGUCGAGGCCUCCGUGACGCUCGAUGUGCUCAUGGAGCGCCGAACGCAGCUGGUGACCAAAAUAGCGCACUGGCGUACCGCCGGCAGUGAUCCGAGCCAGGCCGACGAAAUUCGUCAGUGUGAGGAUGAGCUGGAUUCCCGGAACGCACAGAUCAAAGACCUGCAGCAACGGGGCCACGACUUUGAGCUGCAACUGGAAGCGCUGAGUGGAACGAUCGAAACGCUGCCGGAGAAAAAGGAAGCCUUUCGGCGCGUGCUGGCGGCAAGCGUGGCCGAUCGCAAACAGUUGACCGGCUUGCGCUUCCAGCUGGAAGAGUGUCAAACGGCCAACGAUUGUUUGGUAGAAACGCUUGCCCAGCUACGGGCCGAUCGGCAGCAAGUCGAGCAACAGUACGCCGUGGAGCUGGCCGAGUUCGAGAGAACGUACGAGGACAAGCUGGCGUUGCUGUUACUACAGCAGCAGCAGAAACUACGGGCUGCUGCCCAGAACCCGCCCUCGGGCGAGGCGUCGGACAGUAGCAGCACCAACAACGUGAUCGUGGACCAGAUGCUAGAACGCAUCGAAACGCUACGCGAUGAGCUCGAGCUCUACAAGGAGAGCAACCGGCAGCUGAAAAAUCAACUGAUCGCCGCCCGGGACAUGGCUUCGGCGAACAACAUACCUCGGGUGGGUGGCGGGCGACAGAAGCCCAAACCGAAACCGAUCGUUGACGCUGCUGACAUCAUUGACUAUGAGGAGGACGACGAGGAAUUUGAGGACGACGGGGCGGAAGAUUUCGAUCGUGAGCGAGAUCCAGACUUCCGUGGGACGCCGAUCAGUAAGCGAAGAAAGCCGAACGUGGUGCUCCCGCAAUCGAAGCUUUCUGCAAACGAUACGACGAGUAGCAGCAACGAAACGGUCAACACGAGCAGCCAGCCACACUGCUCCUGCCAAGGCAACUGCUCCACGCUGCGGUGCGGAUGUAAAAAGACGGGCAUCUCCUGCCAGGCGGGAUCCUGCAGGUGCGUGGCAUCCAAGUGCGUUAACAAGCCGCUGGAUAUGAUCGACGAGAGCCAGGAUCCACCGGACGAUGGUGCGGUGGAUAACAAAGAGAAUACGUUCGUGGCAAACACUACCACCAUCCAGCAGAGAAUCACACGGGACACGAUGCUGCUGGAGAAGCUGAGUACUCCUCAGGGUGCCCAAAAUCGUCCGAUCCCGGAAAGGAUGCAGGCCGCACUCACCUGGAACCAAUCCUCGCACGGUAGUGUCGCGUAG